CCCGGCCGGGAAGAGUCCGCCCCCAGAAGCGCGCCGCCGCCGGCCGUCGGGGCCGAGCCGCAGCCGAGCGGCCGUGAGCCCGGGCGGCGGGCGGAAACGCGGGCGCCCUCCCGGCUACGGCCCGCGUGAGGUGAAUUGCUGGAGGCUAUCUACUCUGCUUUCUCCAAUGUCUCUUCAAAUUAUACUUGAUAAGUACAGUUAUUAUACUUCGCCUGGAUCGAUGAGGCAGUACAUCUGAGUUAGAGAUCCGGUUAGACUUGUUACUUAUAUGUGACGUCAUUCCAGCACUGGACUCAUGGAGGCUGAACAUUUAUUCAGGAGUCCAUAGAGGCUGCUGUAUUCUAUUGAAGAAGAUGUCUAACAGUAACACUACUCAAGAGACUCUGGAAAUAAUGAAAGAAUCGGAAAAAAAACUGGUGGAAGAAUCUGUAAACAAAAACAAGUUUAUAUCUAAGACUCCAAGCAAGGAAGAAAUUGAGAAAGAGAGUGAAGAUACCAGUUUGCGUCAGGAGACACAGGAUUAUGAGUUCCUUUUUGACAAGAGGCGGACAUCCAACCACGGUCAUGCCAGGAAAAGAGCCAAGUCUAAUUCCAAGCUGAAGUUGGUGCGCAGCCUUGCAGUGUGUGAGGAGUCUUCUGCCCCGUUUGCUGACGGGCCACUAGAAACCCAGGAUAUAAUUCAGUUGCACAUCAGCUGCCCCUCUGACAAGGAGGAAGAAAAGUCCACAAAGGAUGUCUCUGAAAAGGAAGACAAGGACAAAAACAAAGAAAAGGUCCCAAGGAAGAUGCUGUCUAGAGACUCCAGUCAAGAAUAUACGGACUCCACUGGAAUAGACCUACAUGAAUUUCUUGUAAAUACACUGAAAAAGAACCCAAGGGACAGAAUGAUGCUGCUAAAAUUAGAACAGGAGAUUCUGGACUUUAUUAAUGACAACAACAACCAGUUCAAGAAGUUCCCUCAGAUGACCUCAUAUCACCGGAUGCUAUUACAUCGGGUAGCUGCCUAUUUUGGGAUGGACCACAAUGUUGACCAAACUGGAAAAGCUGUCAUCAUCAACAAAACCAGUAACACAAGAAUCCCUGAACAGAGAUUCUCAGAACAUAUAAAGGAUGAGAAGAAUACAGAAUUUCAGCAGAGAUUCAUUCUCAAGAGAGAUGAUGCCAGUAUGGACCGAGAUGAUAACCAGAUCAGAGUUCCAUUGCAGGAUGGAAGGAGGAGCAAGUCAAUAGAAGAGAGAGAGGAGGAAUAUCAAAGGGUCCGAGAGAGAAUAUUUGCCCGAGAGACUGGCCAGAACGGAUAUCUAAAUGACAUCAGACUCUCCAAAGAAGCCUUUUCUUCUAGCUCUCACAAGAGAAGGCAAAUUUUUAGGGGGAACCGUGAGGGGCUGAGCCGCACCUCAAGCAGCCGCCAGAGCAGCACAGACAGCGAACUCAAAUCCCUGGAGCCACGGCCUUGGAGCAGCACGGACUCUGAUGGCUCUGUCCGGAGCAUGCGGCCCCCUGUCACCAAAGCCAGCAGCUUCAGUGGAAUCUCUAUCCUCACCCGGGGUGACAGCAUCGGGAGCAGUAAAGGUGGCAGUGCAGGAAGGAUCUCCAGGCCAGGUAUGGCGCUAGGUGCCCCAGAAGUGUGCAGCCAGGUCACCUCAUCCCAGUCUGUCCGGGGCCUUCUCCCUUGUACUGCCCAGCAGCAGCAGCCGCAACAGCAACUUCCUGCUCUCCCACCCACGCCUCAGCAGCAGCCACCCUUGAAUAAUCACAUGAUCUCACAGCCAGUCCCGGCUCUGCAGCCCUCUCCACAGCCUGUUCAGUUCUCUCCAGGCUCCUGUCCCCAAGUCCUUCUGCCAGUCUCUCCGCCCCAGCAGUACAACAUGACAGAUGAUCUCAGCAACCCCUUUGGACAAAUGAGCCUUAGCCGCCAAGGUUCUACCGAAGCAGCUGACCCAUCCUCAGCUCUGUUCCAGCCCCCACUUAUCUCCCAGCACCCUCAGCAGACUAGCUUCAUCAUGGCUUCUACAGGACAGCCCCUCCCUACUUCCAGCUAUUCCACCUCUAACCAUGCACCACCUACUCAGCAAGUCCUGCCACCCCAGGGCUACAUGCAGCCCCCUCAGCAGAUCCAGGUUUCUUACUAUCCCCCUGGACAGUAUCCUAACUCCAACCAGCAAUAUCGACCUCUCUCUCACCCGGUGGCCUACAGCCCCCAACGUGGUCAACAGCUGCCUCAGCCAUCCCAGCAACCUGGUUUACAGCCCAUGAUGCCUAACCAGCAGCAGGCGGCUUACCAAGGCAUGAUUGGGGUCCAGCAGCCACAGAACCAGGGCCUGCUCAGCAGCCAGAGGAGCAGCAUGGGGGGCCAGAUGCAAGGCCUGGUGGUUCAGUACACUCCACUGCCUUCUUACCAAGUCACAGUGGGUAAUGACUCGCAAAAUGUGGUCCAGCCGCCUUUCCAGCAACCCAUGCUGGUCCCUGCGAGCCAAUCUGUGCAAGGGGGCCUCCCAGCAGGGGGCGUACCAGUGUAUUACAGCAUGAUCCCUCCAGCUCAGCAGAACGGUACAAGCCCUUCUGUGGGGUUUCUGCAACCUCCUGGCUCUGAGCAGUACCAGAUGCCUCAGUCUCCCUCUCCCUGCAGUCCACCACAGAUGCCACAGCAGUACUCAGGAGUGUCACCUUCUGGACCAGGUGUGGUGGUCAUGCAGCUGAAUGUCCCAAAUGGACCCCAGCCCCCCCAGAACCCAUCCAUGGUCCAGUGGAGUCACUGUAAAUAUUACAGCAUGGACCAGCGGGGGCAGAAACCUGGAGACCUGUACAGUCCUGACAGUAGCCCCCAGGCCAACACACAAAUGAGCAGCAGCCCUGUCACAUCUCCUACUCAGUCUCCAGCACCCUCUCCUGUCACCAGCCUCAGCAACGUCUGCACAGGACUCAGUCCCCUUCCUGUCCUCACACAGUUCCCCCGUCCUGGGGGUCCAGCACAGGGUGAUGGUCACUACUCCCUCUUGGGCCAGCCAUUACAGUACAAUCUGUCCAUCUGCCCUCCCUUGCUCCAUGGCCAGUCAACUUACACGGUGCACCAGGGACAGAGUGGAUUGAAGCAUGGAAACCGGAGCAAGAGACAAGCACUCAAAUCUGCCUCCACUGACCUGGGGACAACAGACGUUGUCCUGGGACGGGUGCUGGAGGUGACAGAUCUCCCUGAGGGCAUCACCCGUACCGAGGCGGACAAACUCUUCACUCAGCUUGCCAUGUCUGGCGCCAAGAUCCAGUGGCUCAAGGAUGCUCAGGGGCUGCCUGGUGGGGGUGUGGGGGACAACGGUGGGACUGCUGAGAAUGGCCGCCACUCGGACCUUGCUGCCUUGUACACCAUCGUGGCUGUGUUCCCCAGCCCUCUGGCUGCCCAAAAUGCCUCCCUUCGCCUCAACAACUCUGUGAGUCGCUUCAAACUUCGAGUGGCCAAAAAGAACUAUGACCUGAGGAUCCUGGAGCGAGCCAGCUCCCAAUAAAUGGAGGAGAAGAAGGGACCAGCAUGGCAGGGGUGGGGCAGGGUAGAGGGGUCAAGGGGUCCUGUCAGACCACAGACAGAGGCAGAAGGUAAGGUAAGGUCCACAGACAGACACUAAACUGGAGCCUAAGACAGUAGGGAUGAAGAUGGAAACAGAGACAGACACUCACACUGGCACUGAACUCUUUCUCACUCCCCUGCCAAGGGUCCCUCUUUUUCCCUGGUUGGCCCCAUGUCUGCUUCCCUCUCCUUCCCAUCCUCUUCUAUGAUUUUUUAUCUCUUCUCUCACCAUGCAAUUAAUUCUUUCAUAUUUUUUGGUCAGGUAGAAUUGGGAGGGUCCCACACUCCCAUGUUCUCCUAUUUCCUCACCAUCCCAAGCUCCCUUUUCUUUUUUGGUCCUUAUGAAUAUAUUUAUAUGGACAGAAUUAAGAAAAAUGAAAUUGAUUUCCCCUUUCUCCCACCCCAUCUUAUCUCCCCAAACCCCACAGAGUUAAAACUUGGGCCUCCCUCCACCCCCCAGAACACUUGUAUAUUGUUUGUUUGAGGUUUGUGCUGCAGUAACAGACACAGUAUUUAAUUGCACAUACAGAUGUUUGCUGGGUAUAUUCACUGUAAAUUUUAUUUAAUCUGAUUUUUUGUUUGUUGGGGGGUUCUUCGGGGGGGGGGUUGAUUUUGUUUUUAAAUAUAAAAAGAAAAUCUGUCACUGGACAUCAGUCCGUUUUCUGUUGCCACCCUGGUAUGGGUGGGGUCGGAGGGAUUUGAUGCGGGCUGGGAUGGCUUUCUCUGGCAUAUGCACACAUAUCUUCCUAACACUAUUCCCUGCAUCCUGUCCUACUCCUUACAAAUAAUUCUGAUAAAUGGCUGGGUCUGUAAUGGGACUCUGCCACUAACUGUGGUGGUUUAUCAAGCACAUCACUCUCAACUCUGGACCUCUGAGUUCUUACCAGUAAAAUAAGAGACUUGGACUGACUAGGCGACCUCCGAGGUUCCUUCCACCCUGUUCAUUCUGUGGUACACAUUUAGGGCCCUGGUAGCUAAGCCAGAGGAGUGUGAGUGACGUCCAAAACUGGGUCGAGAUGCUUGCUUCAUACCUGUCCAUCUCAUAUUCUGAAAACUCUUCAGGGAUGGAGGACUUGGGCCUUUCUUUAAUCCCAAAGCCAGAGGAUUGGGUUCUACCUGGCAGGAACAGAACCGCAUGUUUCUUACAAUAAAAGCUACAUCAAUCGAA